CUUCUCUUGCUCUUCUUGCAUCCUCCUUUCCUUCUGCACAGCUUUGAAACAGCCGACGUCAUUUCUCUCGCACUGUUUGACUUGCUUCCUUUUGUUCUAGGCUUCUUAAGGCCUACGAACCACUGUGAAGCAGUUUGCAUUUGUGGGCGUGCUCGUUUUUUGUCAGUCCACUUUGCAGCUGUAGCGCGACACUCCCUCUCCAGCGCCCUUCAGCCUAUGCUGGCUUGUGCUUUGGAACUCGACACUGCUAUGGAAUAGGAUUCUGGCGGUUCAGGAGCGUCGCCGUGGAGUUGGCGACAUUUCGCUUGUCGGCAUUUUAACAUCUCGGCGAGCACCACACCUCACCAGCUUGGAGCAGGCGGCGUAUCAACCUUUGUGGUUGGUCAUUUGCAUCCGCGCGUGCAGCAGGGUGCUUUGGGUGUGGCGGUCGGGGGAGCCCUGCAGCACUUGGCUGUUCUUUUGGGGUGUGGCUCGUCUUUGUGCCCUUGUUGCCUGGCGCCUGGCUGCCCUGCGCCCGCCCUGCUGCGAUGCCCUACUUGGCAGCGGACCGCACCCCUGCAGGUGGGGGCAGCACUGCCAGCCCGUUCUUCAGCCCCGGGCUGCAGCUCCACCUUGCCCUGUCCACGCAUAGCCUGGCGCACGGCGUGCAGGACCUGACGACGCAGCCUCAGGGCCCCAGCCUGCCUACCUACCCAGUCCUUCUGGUGGGUGCCACCACGGGGCUCGCAGAGGGCGAGCAGCUGUCCUCAGCUGGCGUCCGGGAGGUGACCAGUGCUGCCCUGUCAGUGCUGGACACCAUGUGCAGGCAGGGCAACCAGCCGCAGCUCUUGCAGGGCCACUCUCUGCACAGCACAGGCCGCCCCUCCCGCACGUUUGCGGGGCUGGCCUUCAGCCGGCGCGCGACCAGCGCCAGCAAAGCAGCCUUCAUAGCGGAGCUCAUGCGCAAGUCGCCGCUGGCGGUACCGCUCCAGCGCGGUCAGGCUGUCCUCACGGUUCACGUGCCAGUGGACACCCGGCCCAUCAUUCCGGGCACCUACACCGUCACGGUCAAGAUGGUGGAGGUCCGUGGCGCCCCCCAGGCGGCUGGGAUAGCCACGACAGCUGCGGCAGGCAGCCCUGCUCCGGCUGCAGCCGGGGUCGCCGACCUGGGUGGCAACACCUUGGGUGGCGUGAGGCCCGCGGCUGCCAUGGCGCCCGCAGCGGACAUCGUUGACCACGUAGGGGACGUGCAGAUGCAGGAGGCGGCGGGUUUGGGUGACGCGGCGGCUGCAGCUGGUGGCGCCAGUGGGCCACUCAGCGGGGCCCCGCCCCUGCUGCCAGUUCUGGUGGCGGGGGGAAGCAACCGUGCUGCUGCGGCUGCCCUGCGGGCAGCGCUGCAGCAGCAGCCCUCUUCGCAGCAGCGGGUGGCAACGGGAGGGCUUAGCGGGGUCCAGCCGGCGGCAGGCGUGGGGGGGCCGCCGGCGGCCAGGCCUCGCCCUACCGGUGCUGGGCCAGCUGGCGUGCAGCAGCAGCACAGUGGCGCUCCCGCGCCACGGCCGCCCUUGGAUCAGCGGGCCGCCGCCGGGCAGGAUCAGGAGCAGACCGCUGUGAUGCGGCGGUACUUGGCCGGGCUGGCGGACCUCAAUCUCCAGCAGAAACGGCGGUUACAGCAACAGCAGCAGCAGGAGCUGCAGCGCCAGGGGAAGUCGCCCAGGCCCCGGACCGGCUCCCAGGUUGGGGUCCUGGCCACGCGGGGGGGGCAGGACGGGGCGGGCGGUGCCCCUGGCGCGGCGGCGUCACGGCGUGGGCAAUGUGUUGACGUAGUUGACCAUGUGGGGGACGUGCAGAUGCAGGAGGCGGCGGGUGUGGGUGACGCAGCGGCUGCCGCUGGUGGCGCCCGCGGACCACCCGCAGUGGCCUCGCCCUCGCUGCCAGCUCUGGUGGCGGGGGGAAGCACCCGUGCUGCUGCGGCUCCCCUGAGGGCCGAGCGGCAGCAGCAGCCCUCUUCACAGCAGCGGGUGGCAGUGGGAGGGAUUAGCGGGGGGCAGCCGUCGGCAGGCGUGGGGGGGCCGCCGGCGGCCAGGCGUCGCACUGCCGAUGCUGGGCCGGCUGGCGCGCAGCAGCCGCCCAGUGGGGCUCCCGCGCCACAGCCGCCCUUUGAUCAGCGGGCAGCUGCUAGGCAGGAGCAGAAGCUGCAAGUUGUGAUGCGGCGGUACUUGGCCGAUUUGGCGGAACUCACUCUCCAGCAGCAACGGCGGGUAGAGCAACAGCAGCAGCAGGAGCAGCAGCGCCAGGACGGUGCUAGCUCGCCGCCGCACGUGCCCACUGGGCGGCUGGCCGGGGGACAGCAGGCUGGUGGGGACAGCGGGUCGGGGCGCCAGGGUGGAGGAGCGGGGCGGGCAGUGCCCCAGGCGCCGCCCCAGGCGGGGCCGCCACUGCAGACGUCACAACCGGCGGGUGGUGGUAAGGGCAGGGGCAGGGGCCUGGGCGCGCCGGCUGGGGUUUCGGCCGACACGGCUGGGCGCACUGGUGGGGGUGCGGGCAGUGAGGCGGAGUACGGGGCCGAUUGCCUGACCCGGGACACGUGUGUUGCCAUCGGCUCUGACCUCGUGACGCACCAGAACCGCUGCGCAGAUGUGCAGGGGUAUGAGUGGGCGCAGCUUGGCCGCGACACGCUUGGUGGCCGCCUCCUCGCCUACCUCCAUGACCAGGGCGCCACCGUACCGAACUGGGCCGUGUGCCGUGUGCCGGCCGGCCGUACCGCCGUCCUGGCGCAGCUGCGCGACGAGUUCACUGGCUGGUGGCGCCUAUACUCAGCCCAGCCUGCCGACACGCCCCUGCCUUCCGACGUGACGGAGCAGCUGGAUAACGCCGCGCAGCAGGCGCAGACGGCCUACAUGGACUACGUGCUCCUAGACGCCCGCACCCUGCGGUCUGCUAAGCGUGGGCCGGCGGACCCCGGCGGGGCCGGGGGGCCCAGCCGCUGGCAACGCCAGCACCGCAGCCGCAGUACCUCCAGCCUCAUGAGCCUGGGCAGCGCUCCAUUGCGCCCCGGCGGCGCCAGCUCAGGCGCCGCUAGCAUGAGCACCAGCAGCGGCGGCGCGCCCCCCAGCCAGGGUGGCGCCCGCCGCGGCAAACGCCACAGCAGCAACAGCACCCGCAACCGCCACGGCGCUGCCGUGGCCGACAAGCCUGCGUUCUUUGCCGGGCUGCAUCCCCACCUGGCCACGGACAGAGUGCUUGUUGUGGGUGGGGACUGGAACUGUGUCACCGAUGCCAGCCAGGAGGUGGCCCCUAGCCCGUCACGUGCUGCAGGUGCCCCGCAACUUGCCAGCCUCCUCGCCCAGUUCAGUCUGGUGGACCCUUGGGCGAGCAAGCGUGGCGGCGCCAAGGGCUACACGCAUCCGGCCACACCCAAGCCGGCCACUCCCGCACGCCUGGAUCGGUGGUAUGUCAGUGCCACCGCGGCGCCGUGGGUGGUGGAUGUCGCACGCACGUAUGGGGCGCCUGGGGACCACAACGGUGUGCUGCUCACCCUGUCCUUGCCCGACCUGCCACAUGCGCACCGGGAGCAGUGGCGCUUUCCCACGUACCUGCUGUUUCACCCCUCGCUGCGUUUGGAGCUCGAGCAGCGCUUGGAGGCGCACGUUGCCGCAAAUCCCGUGGCCAGUACAGGUGACGGCGCUUGCACGCAAUGGGAGGCAGACAAGUUCUUCUUGCGGGAGGCCGCCACCAGCAUCCACCGUCGGCAUGCACGCCAGACCCGGGAUGGGCUGCAUGGCGUGGUGCUGGCCGCAGACGCGGCCGCUGCCCUGGCCGACCGGCCGGGUGCCAGCGCCGCGCAGCGUCAGGCUGCGGCCAUGGCCAACUUGGCGGUGCUGGAGGAGCGGGCAGCUGCCGCAGCGGCCAGCCACAAUGCCCGCGCUGCACUGAUGGAGGAGCAUGGGGAGCGGGGAACUCGCUGGUUCCAUCGGCAGGCUGACGAGCCAGCAGCCGGCGCGCAGGAGCCCAUCACGCACUUGAAGGUGCCGGGGCAACCGGCGCCUGUGGCGCUCACGGGGCCGGGCACGCGCAACACUGUCUCCGCAGCCGCCGCAGCCAUGUACAGCAGCACCAGCCCCACCGGCCUGUUCCGCGUGCAGCCAGUCUGUACGGCGUCGCAGCAACAGCUUCUGGCGGCCAUUGACCGCAAGGUUCCGGCGGAUCUGCACGCCGCCGCAGAGGGGUCCGGUGAUGGCGCCCUCAGUGAUGCCGAGCUGAUGGCAGUGCUGGCUGGCUCCGCCAAUGGUAAAGCGCCUGGGUCGGACGGGGUCCCGUACGAGGUGUACAAGGUUUUCUGGGCGCUGCUGGGUCCGCGCUUGUGUGCUGCUGCUGCCGCUGCCUUUGCUGCCGCUGCAGACGCCCACGAUGGCGGUGAAAUGGCGGCGGCGCUGCCCGCCUCCUGGCGGGAGGGCAUCAUUACGCUCAUCUACAAGGGCAAAAGCCUGGACCGCGCCGAGCUGGCGUCGUACCGGCCCAUCACGCUGCUCAACUGCGACUUCAAGAUGGUGUCCAAGGCCGUCAGUGCCCGCCUGCAGCCUGCCCUGGAUGCAGUUGUGGAUGAGCUGCAGACCGCGUUCAUCACCGGCCGCUGGAUUGGAGACAACGCGCUGUACCUCCAAGGCCUGAUCGAAUGGAUGCGCCUGGACGUGGGCGCGGACGGCACGCCACGGCAGGGUGGUGCGCUGUACUUCUUGGACAUUGAAAAGGCGUAUGACCGGGUGCACCGGCAGUGGCUGUAUGCGUCCGCGGAGGGUCUGGGGUUUGGGCCGCGCAUGCUGCGCUGGAUCCGCCUGAUCACUGCCAACGGCUCUGCCCGCGUGUGUGUGAACGGGAUGCUCUCUGACGCCUUCCCAGUGCUGAACGGCUUGCCGCAGGGCAGCACCGCCUCACCACCCCUGUGGGUCAUCCAGAUGCAGCCACUGACGUCCUUUCUGCGGCGGCAGGUGGAGCAAGGGGCACUGCGCACGCCCCUGUUACCCAGCGGCGAGCAGGCGCCGCCUGCUGCCCACCACGCUGACGACACGACCCUCACGGCGCGCGACCCGGCAGUGGACGGGCCGGUCCUGAUGGCGGCAGUACAGCUGUUCUGCCGCGCGUCCAACGCCCGUGUCCAUCCGGACAAGAGCAAGGCCAUGGGCCUUGGCAGGUUUGCGCACCUGACGGGCCCUUGCCCACACACGGGGGUGCCGUUUACCACUGGCGCCGUGACGCACCUGGGUGUGCCCCUGUCGUGGGACUCGGAUGCGGCUGCAGCUGACUUGCACACCCGGCGGGCUCGCGGCAUGGCGUUUGUGGCGCGUCUGUGGGCUGCCCUGUCUCUGACUCUCGUUGGCCGUGUGCACAUUGCGAAGCAGGUGCUGGCGGCGAAGCUGGCCUACCACUUCAGCUUCCUCAACCCGUCGCCUGCGCAGCUGAAGGAACUCACCGACCUGGUGGACCACUUUGCUGCGCGCUCCAUGCACGCUGAGGACGCCAGCCUGGUGUCGCAUGGGAACCCGCUCCUGCUGCCCAAGCGGGAAACGGCCUGUCUGCCGUACAAGGAUGGGGGUGUCAACCACGUCGACCUGCCUGCGUUCCUGUCUGCCCUGCAAGCUAAGACUUUCGCCCUCCUUGCCCAGCCAGGCCGGCAACCCUGGAAGAUGCUCACCUGGGCGCUGCUUACCCACCCGGGUCGGGGUGUGGAACAGCACCCACCGCAGCCAGCCACUCAGCCGCCAGCGGCGCCGCCGCAGUGGCGGGUUAGCCUGGACCAGCUGUGGGUGGCUAACACUGCGGGGGCUGUGUCCUACGUCCACUACACGGGGCGGCUCUUGGAGCCUGGGCCUGGCGUGCUGCCCCCGGCGGUGGAUGGGGCGUGGCAGCCUGCCUGUGUGCUGCAGCAUCGCAAGCCGCGGCACCUGUGGACCUUUGAAGAGCGGGCGGCGUACGAUGCAGCAUCACCAGGGGACCGGGCGGGGUCGUGGCCUCGGGCGCCGUAUUUCCUGGCGCCGGAGGCUGGGGUGGUGGUGCACCCGGAGCACUGCCGGAUUGCGGGUGUCAGCUUGGCGGACUACACGGUGCGGGACGUGCGGCGGGCCAUCACCGCGGCCAACCCGGCCGCCCCUCUGGCUCCGGCCCGCCCCGCAGCCAUGCCGUGCCCGGCGCCAGCACAGCAGGCGGGGGGAAAAGGUGUGGAACAGCAUCCGCCGCAGCCAGCCACUCAGCCGCCAGCGGCGCCGCCGCAGUGGCGGGUUAGCCUGGACCAGCUGUGGGUGGCUAACGCUGCGGGGGCUGUGUCCUACGUCCACUACACGGGGCGGCUCUUGGAGCCUGGACCUGGCGUGCUGCCCCCGGCGGUGGAUGGGGCGUGGCAGCCUGCCUGUGUGCUGCAGCAUCGCAAGCCGCGGCACCUGUGGACCUUUGAAGAGCGGGCGGCGUACGAUGCAGCAUCACCAGGGGACCGGGCGGGGUCGUGGCCUCGGGCGCCGUACUUCCUGGCGCCGGAGGCUGGGGUGGUGGUGCACCCGGAGCACUGCCGGAUUGCGGGUGUCAGCUUGGCGGACUACACGGUGCGGGACGUGCGGUGGGCCAUCACCGCGGCUAACCCGGCCGCACCUCCGGCUCCGGCCCGCCCCGCAGCCAUGCCGUGCCCGGCGCCAGCACAGCAGGCGGGGGGGUCGGGGACCCAGCCGGCGGCACGGUCGCGGCUGGCGGAGCGGGAGGCGGAGUGGCAGCGUGCAGCGGCGCAGCUGGUACCUUUGUCUGAGGCUGUGUAAAGUUGACACGGUAAGAAGGGUGUUUACAGGUAUUGAUAGUUAUUGUGGAGCGGUAUGCAAGGGGUUUUAAUGGGGUACGUAGGUGUUGUGGAGGGGAUAAUCGGUUAGGUAGUGGGUGAGCUGCAUUUGGUCAGGCCUCAGGAGUUGUUUUUGCAAUUCUCGCGCGGCCGGCCCGGUCGCGAGCCGCAAGGGGUGAGUCUAUCUAAAAGUCGCC